AUGGCAGCAAAGAACGUGCUGAUUGUGUAUGCUCACCAGAGCUCUGGAUCAUUCAAUGCUGCAGCUAAAAAUGCUGCUGUGGAGGUUCUGACUGCUCAGGGCUGCACAGUGGAAGUCUCUGACCUGUGUGCCAUGAGUUUUAAAGCCACUGCUACAGCUGAGGACAUCAAAGGAGACUUGAAGAAUUUUGAUAACUUCUGUUAUCUUGAUGAAUCCAAACUUGCAUGGGAGCAGGGAAAACUUUCAGAUGACAUCACAAAGGAGCAAGCUAAGCUAGCUGAGGCAGAUUUGGUCAUCUUUCAGUUCCCCAUGUACUGGUUCAGUGUUCCUGGCAUCCUGAAGGGCUGGUUUGAUCGGGUGCUCACCAAUGGCUUUGCCUUUUCACAAGAGAAACCCUACAGCCUGGAAACCUUCAAGGACAAGAAAGCCAUGCUGUCCUUCACCACUGGGUCUCUAGAAUCCAUGUUCAGUCCAACUGGUAUUAAUGGAGACAUGAACGUCACACUGUGGCCACUGCAGAACAGCAUCCUGCACUACUGUGGCUUCCAGGUUCUGGCCCCUCAGAUCUUCUGGGCUCCGGCUCUUGUGAUGCUGGAGAGUUGGCACACACGACUGCAAGGCUUGCUGGAGGAGAAGACCCUGUCCUUCACUGCCUUGGACUGUUUUGAUGAGAAGACUUUCCAGUUGAAGCCUGAUGUCCAUGAGAAACAUACCAGCAAAGAGUUUGGUCUGACUGUGGGCGUCCACCCGAACAAACCACUGCCACCUCACAGCCAGAUGAAGGCUGGAUGCUGAGAUGUUGCCAUUGUAUGAUCAAUAAAAGCUGGUUUAUUCUGAA